AUGCGCGUCAUCGCUGCUCUCGGCCUCGCCGCCCUGACCGGUAUGGUCUCGGCUCAACCCCACGGUCAUGCCCACCACCACGACAAGCGUGCCGUUGUUGUCGACGUCGUCACUGAGAUCGAAUGGGUCACUGUUCACCCCGAGGCCGCCGUCGCUGAGGCCACCUCCACCGAGGCUGCCGUCGUCCCCACCUCGACCAGCGAGCCCGCCAUCCAGGUCGCCGUCCAGGUCCCCACCAGCUCAGCCUCCACCAGCUCAGCCUCCACCAGCUCUAUCGUUCAGCCCACCCCCAUUGUCACCCCCACCUGGACCACCUCGUCUUCCGUCGUCGCCAGCUCCACCUCCGACGUUAUCGAGACCGCCACUGCCACCGGCGGCUCCGGUGUCAAGAUCGUCAACAACCUCGGCUCGACCGUCUACCUCUGGACCACCUCCAAUGUCGCCGGUGAUAUGGUCACCAUCGAAGAGAGCGGCGGCCACUACUACGAGGACUGGCAGAUCAACUCUGACGGUGGCGGUAUCUCCAUCAAGAUGUCCACCUCCACCUCCGAGUCCUCUGUUCUGCAGUUCGAGUACACCAAGGAGGACGAGACUAUCUGGUGGGACAUGUCUUCCAUCAACCUGGAGAAGACCUCUGAAUUUGUCGAGAAUGGUUUCUCCGUCACCUCCAACGAUGCCUCUUGCUCCACCGUCACCUGUGACGCUGGCGAUGAGGACUGCUCUGAGUCCUACCAGCACCCCGACGAUGUUGACACUCGCAGCUGCUCUUCCAGCGCUGCCUUCAUUCUUACCCUCGGUGUUUGA